AUGGCGAAUGUGGAGACAUCGAUGGUCUUGCCGAGGAACGAUUUGGUGGCUGGCGAGAGCUUCAUUCUGGAAUGUAUUUCAAUAAAUUAUUUAGCAGCAGCCGACGCGAUCACGUGGAAUCAGACGGAGCUCACUUCCGUGCUUCAGGAAAAUAUUUCCGGCGGAUUGAGCUGGAUUGAUGCCGACUCCGUCGUUGGUGAUGAUGGCGGAGGUGGCUGCGGGCACCUUGAAUUCCUCGGCGGCGAAUUUGAGGACGGCGGUGAAUGGGGUGCUUUCGGGGACAGAAAGUCUGGAAAAAAGAGAAUGAAAAGAGCCACAAACUUGCUGAAUGUAGCGACAAAAUCCAGAAAUUUCGGAAAAAUCCGGCAAUUCUCUUCAGAUCCAGUAAAAGCUUCUGGAAAUUUGGCAAUGGAGCCCAAGAAGACACAUUUCGGAUUUACAGAUAUCGAUGAGUCGGAGAAAGAAAAGAAAGUCCACUCCGUAUUCGCUAACGUCGCCAAAAAGUACGAUUUAAUGAAUGACGCAAUGAGUAUGGGAGUUCAUCGACUGUGGAAAGACUACUAUGUGGGCGGUCUCCAGAUUCCAUACAAUGCAAAAAUUCUGGAUAUGGCUGGAGGGACAGGAGACAUUGCAUUCAGACUUUUGAGAGAGUCUCCAACGGCGACAGUGACUGUUUCGGAUAUUAAUCAACCAAUGUUGGAUGUGGGGAAAGAAAGAGCAGAGAAGGAGAGAGAUAUCCAACCAUCCCGCCUAGAAUGGGUUUGCGCCAACGCUGAAGAGAUGCCAUUCGAAUCAAACACCUAUGAUCUAUUCACAAUGUCUUUUGGAAUCAGAAAUUGCACCCAUCCCGAAAAAGUGAUCCGCGAGGCGUUCCGAGUCCUGAAACCCGGUGGUCAACUCGCAAUUCUCGAAUUCUCAGCAGUAAACGCCGCUCUGAAACCCAUCUACGACGCGUAUUCGUUUAAUGUGAUUCCAGUUCUCGGCGAGAUUCUUGCCAGCGAUCGUGCCAGCUAUCAAUAUCUUGUGGAGAGUAUUCGAAAAUUCCCGAAUCAAGACGAAUUCGCGAGAAUUAUCAGAGAAGAAGGAUUCGGACAUGUUCGAUACGAGAAUAUGACAUUCGGAGUUUGUUCGAUUCACAAGGGAACCAAACCAAGAAAAUGA